AUGUCUAACGGCUCAGAGUUCCACAUGAGUGCAACUUUACAAGGGAACAACACAAAGAUUUCAACAGUCAAUAUAUUAUCUUCUCUGGCCUUAUUUAUGACUUCUCUGUUUGGACUGGUUGUGAACAGUCUUUACCUUUGGGUUCUCAGAUUCAAAAUGUGCAAGAGUGUCAACACCACUUGGUUUUUUCAUUUGAUUCUGGGUAAUUCAGUUUUCACAAUUACAGUACCAUUUUUGGCAGUUUAUAGGCUCAUGUCGCCCCACUGGAUCUUUGGUGGCUUCCUAUGUAAAUUGAUAAACUCAGUCAUUGUUCUGUGUAUGUAUGCAAAUAUCAUUUUUCUCACCAUCAUCAGCAUUGAUCGUUAUGCAUUGGUCCAUCACCCAGUCUGGUACAGAAGAUACAUGACCCAUCGCUUUGCCUCCAUUAUUUGCAUUUCUAUGUGGGGGUUCACCAUUUUGUGCAGUGCCCCAUAUUUUGCAUUUCGUCAGAUCCGACUGCUGGAUGACAACAAAACAACCAUCUGCUACACCGACUACACAUUUUAUGGACUAUGGGAUAAUCAUCAAAAAUCACGAAUUCAGAUUGAGUGGAUUGUGUUCUUUUUUAACCUAGUGUUGAGUUUUCUGCUGCCAUUUUUUGUAAUCAUGGUUUGUUAUCUCAAAAUAGCUUUCAGAAUGAAGAAGGGCAAUCUGACCAGAUCAAGCAAGCCUUACAAGAUCAUAUUCAUAACUGUAGUCUCGUUCUUUAUAUUUUUUAUCCCUUACCAUAUAUGGAAAGGAAUGAGCAUCGAAAAGAGAAAAUUCCAUAAAACCACUCGGGAUGUUUUAAAAGUUAUUAUGACCUGCUCAUUCUGUUUCCAUUAUUGCUUCACCCCAAUGCUUUACCUCUUUAUUGUAGAGAACUUCAAAAAAUUAUUACGGAAAUCUUUAAUCACCCUCUUCGAGACAGUAUUUUAUGAACCAGUGAGCUCAUAA